AUAAUCAGCACCAUGGAAACGCAGGUGUCCAACGGUCCAAGCGGAACCAGUCUGCCCAACGGCCCAGUCAUUAGCACAAAUGGCUCCACAGAUGACAGCAAAACCAACUUGAUCGUCAACUAUCUGCCUCAGAACAUGACCCAGGAAGAAUUCAAAAGUUUGUUUGGUAGCAUUGGAGAGAUCGAAUCCUGCAAGCUAGUCAGAGAUAAGAUAACAGGUCAGAGUUUGGGAUAUGGUUUUGUAAACUAUGUGGAUCCAAAUGACGCAGACAAGGCUAUCAACACACUAAAUGGUCUCAAAUUGCAGACUAAAACAAUCAAGGUAUCAUAUGCCAGGCCAAGUUCAGCCUCCAUCCGUGAUGCCAACCUUUAUGUGAGCGGACUCCCCAAAACCAUGAGCCAGAAAGACAUGGAGCAACUGUUCUCCCAGUAUGGUCGCAUCAUCACGUCCCGCAUCUUAGUGGACCAAGUUACAGGCAUAUCACGGGGAGUGGGCUUCAUCCGGUUUGACAAGCGAAAUGAAGCAGAGGAGGCCAUCAAAGGACUGAACGGGCAGAAGCCUUUGGGUGCCGCUGAGCCAAUCACAGUCAAGUUUGCCAACAACCCAAGCCAGAAAACAGGCCAGGCCUUACUGACUCAGCUGUACCAAACUGCUGCCCGCCGCUACACGGGACCCCUGCACCACCAGACUCAACGUUUCAGUGUGAUCCCUUCACUUGGAAAGGGACCAGAUCCAAAUAGCAGCUCAAACACAAUACUCGACAAUUUACUAAACGCCAGCUACGGAGUCAAGAGUUCUCCUCCUCUCUUUCCCAGAUUCUCCCCCAUCACCAUUGACAGCAUGACCAGUCUGGCCGGGGUCAACCUAACCGGUCCCACCGGAGCCGGCUGGUGCAUCUUCGUCUACAACCUGUCGCCCGAGGCGGACGAGAGCGUCCUGUGGCAGCUCUUUGGGCCUUUCGGCGCCGUCACCAAUGUCAAAGUCAUCCGUGACUUCACCACCAACAAAUGCAAGGGCUUCGGCUUUGUCACGAUGACCAACUACGACGAAGCUGCCAUGGCUAUCGCCAGUCUAAACGGCUACCGCCUGGGCGAUCGCGUGCUGCAGGUUUCCUUCAAAACCAGCAAGCAGCACAAGGCCUGAAGCAGACGCCGCCGGUGGCAGCUGGUUGAACCUGCAGGGGGUCCUACCUGAAGCCUCCCUGCGCCAUCACUCUACAUGGGCCUGGACUGAGUCUCUCUGUCUUUCUCUCUCUGACAUGCUCGCACACAAACACAUACACACACGCACGCACACACACACACAGACAGACGUGCAGAUGCACAGAACACAUGCACACACAAAGCAUACAGACAUUCUCAAGCGUAGAUAAGUCAGAGUUUCAAACAAACACACUAGUGGAGUUCUUUCUUUUGUCUUUACACAACUUGCUAGUCUUUCCCUGUAUUUGCCUGGAUUGAAUUAGAAAAGGGGUGCGUAGCUGAUGGGGGGCUUUCUGAAAGGGAGGGGGGCAAGGGGGAAGAGCUUUCUAUUUAGGAGACAGUCUAACGAAUGUGACAGAGAAUGUGUACUGAGUGCUUUGAUUGAAUUCAGGCAAAUAAUGACAACUGAUGAACAAAAUUAUCAACAAAAACAAAAAAAA